AUGAGCACCGUCGCUUGCCUCGCUUGUCAGUUGCGAUGCAGUCCCCGCGUAUUGCCGGUGAAGGCCAAAGCUGAGCUGGUGAUCUUCUUCACGUUAUACAGGCUCCGAACAAAUUUCAACGACCUCAAAGCACCAACGACCCACUUGCGACGGACAAUACCCAUGCACGUCGUGUAGGCGCUCGUCGAUCACGUGCUACUACCCACCGCCUCCUCCACCCCCACGAAGCGGAGGUGACCAUGACUACCGGAACCCAUACAACGAGACAUGGUCGCACCACCUCAAGUUGACUCCGGGAGCCUUUGGGGCGGCCAGAUUGGAGCUUCAGAUCGACGACGAGGACGAGGAUGAUGAGCAACGGUUGCUAGGAUUCAAAUGGGUUCAAGCGGUUCAGCAGCGACAAGGUGGGCUACGGUACCCGAGCCGGCCCUUUUGAGCAAAAGCAGUCGAGUUGCUGUGCUGAUCCUCUUCCUUUGUUCAGACUUGCGUAUCCGGCCCAAUCCUUCCAGACCACCGAUACGACGCUACAGGUCGACCGCCGUCCCGUACGACGAAGCCGAGGCGAUCGAAAUUCAAGGCGAUAGAUUGGCUGCGGCGAGCAGGGUCGAGCUCUUUCGGCAAUUUGUAGGUCGUAGCCGCAAAGCAGAUGCUCAAUAUGGAAGCGAAUCUCAUCAUGAGGUCAUAUUAAUCCUUCUAACCAGUCUAUUCUCCGCUCGAGCCCCCCUUUUCAUCCUUCAAUCUUGCUCUCGGCGAUGAUCAACGAGCGACGCUCCGAUGCCGACAAAUCUUUGAACCUCAAUCUCGGCAACUGUCUAGCUUUGACAUCGAUCACACAUUACGAUGGUACCUCUUCAGUCUGUGCCGCUUGGCGCACAAGUACGAGCACAGCUACGUCGGCCGAAGGCGGUAGGACUACCUCGAUCGGAUGGGCGCAGACUUUUCCCUCCCCGGCAGCAUGCGCUGAAGACUCAUCUACAAUACCAACGACCCGCAUUUCACCGUGUGGUGAACCUCUGCUUGAGACACCAUGUUCUACACCCAUCGUCCAUAUGGAGCUUUCGCCUCUUCCCAUCCCUUCUACCGCUCUACUCGCAACGCGGACGAUGACCGACUUCACAUUGACCCACCUGGCUGUGCAUCCCUCAUCAAACUACAGCACGUCGAAGCCUCAGAUCCUCAACUCAUUCACCUAUGCCUCCGCCUCCUUCUUCCGUCGACCCAUCACUUCCUUCUCUCUGUCCCCGCAUCAACUCGGCUCGGGUGCCUUGAUCGAUACCGACGGAUCGGUCUUUAGUUUUGGCAUCGGAGUGCGAGGGUCAGAUCGGAUAGGCGAUCCGAAUGGGGAUUGGAAAGGGAAGGCACCGGAGAUGUAUAGGUUGAGGAAAGGGGAUGCCAAGCAAGGCAAGUUCAGAAGGCUUGGGUGGGGAAGGGAUGAGAGGGAAUUGAUCGUCGCGAGUCAACGUGAGGUCACUUUGUAUGAUCUCAGAGUAGGUGGGAAUGGGAUCAGUCGCAGUCGAAAGUCGCGCAAAAGGACUGACACUCUUGAAGCUACAGUCCCCAACCUCAUCUCUCGUCAUUUUCACCUCCCCCGCAUCAAGUAACGUCGAUUCAUGCAUCACCUCCCUCCUCACCCGCCCCUCAACGCCCUAUGCGGCCAUCUCGACCCCUUCGUCACCCCUCACGAUCCUCGACGCUCGCUUCCCCCUCCGUCCGAUCCUGUCUUUCCCUAUGCCUCGAGUCGGUCCAACGGGAAAAGGCUACGAUCGGACGUUAUACCUUUUCACGAUAGGCACCCUUUCGAGCGCAAAUACGGAUUCGGGAGAUGUUUGGCGUAUCGGCCUCGCCUCUCGCCUUCAUUCAGGGAUCGAAGUCUACACCCUCGAGAUCAAAGGUGGAGUCGUAACUAGUCUUCUGGACCCGUAUUCGAUACCUGGCCCAGUGGUAGCGAUGGAGGAUGGGAUGAGGUGGUCGAGGAGUGGGAUCGGGGUUGCGGGCGAGGAAGGGGGGUGGAGGUUUUUGGAAUCUGAGAUGGGGGGUGGGUUGUGGGAACGUGGGGCCCUGGUGGGGGAGAAACGGCGGGAGGGUCGGGUGGACGUAGAUUGGGGGCAAACAGGGCAAGAAUUCAAGCGUUUGCAGGACUCGGGGAUCCCAGUCGUGGAAGGGAAAGAAAUGAAGCCUCUCAGUGGGUUGGCUAGGAUGUUGGAUAAUGAUCGGAGGGUGCAAAGGUCGACGAUGCGAGUUGCGGAUCUCACGGAGGAGGGUCAUGAGGAUGAGCCGCCGAGGGCGGAACAGAUGAAGACGCUGUAAGUCUAGGUGAAGGGAAGAGUCGUAUGAUUAAACUUUCUAACACGUUCGCCAACUGCAGCUACGACAUUCUGUCUGAUCGACUCACUUCCACGGAGAGACCCGCGCUACCAAAGCGAGCACGGCUCGAUUUUGACGACGACGAGCUCGCCCAGGUGGAGGAAGCGCUGUCGCAUCGAUUUCCAACAGAGUUCCAGCACUUUCUGAAAACCUUGGAUGCUCACUCCGACAAUCCAGGCUCGGCUGUAGCACUUGCUCGGCUGUACGACUGCUCACCUGAGUUGACCGAGGCGUCGGUCGAAGCCUACACUCGGACCCUCCGAAGCCGCUACGGGCAAGCCAAUUCGAUCGACGAGCCGUAUACUCCUCACCUUUCGCUCGAUCUCGCUCUCUCAACUCGAGCAUAUUCUGAUCGACCGGUCAUCCCUGACCCGCCCCCUCGACCCGACUUGAUAAAUCGACCUCUGCCCGCGCGCCUCUCCGAGGACGAGGAUAUACCUUCGUUGCACUUGGCGUAUUUCAAACCUCAGCGAUUGGGUCGACUCUUCGCUAGUGCUAGAGCGGGAUCUUCCGUCCAACUUUACGACGAGGAGCAUGGAUCCGAGUCGUCCGAUGAUGGAGAUGGGGCGGGUGCUUCUCUUGCGUCGAGCGGAGUUCGGAGGAUUUUGUCCGAGUGGCACACGGGUGCGGACCCCAAGUCGUACCAAUGGGAGGACAUGUACGUCGAUGAUGGUCGGGAUACGAACAAGAAGGGGGAAGAAAAGAAGGAAGAAUCCCAGCGAAGAACAGGGUUACCUUCAUCGUCGUUUCCUCGACGUAUUCACGAAGCCUACGGGUCUCGAGCACCACCGAGGAUCUUUAGCUCGUCCCAAGUUGUCCCCCCUUCCAUCGUCAUUCAUGCACCACCACCGCAACACAACGCCCGGCGAUCGCCGACCAAAAGAAGGGUUGAAAUCACGGACGAUCUAUCUCAGCCAUUGGACUCGUCACAAGAAUCCUCCGUGAGCGUACGCGAUUUCUCAGCCAGUCAACCCCCGACGUUGUCGCGGAGUGCGGGCGGGGUCGGGCCCCCGUCAUCUCCGAGGACGAUGGCGGCUUCUCAGUUUGUUCCGGGGGCUUUUGGGACGAGAGCGGGGAGUGGGACAGGUGGGGGUGGGUUGAGUUUGGAGGAGAGGCUGAAAGCGAAAAAGAAGGCCAAGAAGAGGGUCAGUGGAUUUUAG